CCUCGGAGAGUCUAGCCACCAUGCCACCUCCUCUCCUCUUCUUCCUCCUCUUCCUUACUCCGGUGGGAGUCAGGCCCCAGAAAUCACAGCUGAUGGAGGCUAAAGAGGGAGGCAGUGCUGUGCUGCCCUGCGUUUCCUCGGGGGGUCCCCCUGAUCAGCUGGCCUGGUACGAGGCGUGCCUGUUACAGCGGAGCCGGAGCCGGAGCCGAGGGCUGCCAGGCCUGGGCAUCCAGGUGGGGGCCCUGGGCAUCCUGCUGCUCAUCUCCGACAUCUCUGCCCAGAUGGGGGGCUUCUACCUGUGCCAACAGGGGCCCCCUUCCGAGAAGCCAGUUAUGCUGCUCCUCUGUCUCUCUCUGGAUCUUUGUUUCUAUUUACCUCUGUCUUUCUGGGUCUCUGGGUUCCUCUGCCUCUCCUGGAUGUCUCCGCAUCUGGUUCUGGGUCUCUUCCCAGGGGAGCUGUUCCGUUGGAAGGCUUCAAACCUAGACGGCCCAGGCUGCGACCUGGGGAACAGGUCCUCAGAGGACCCCAGGCCCUCCCCUGAUGGCCUCACAAGCUCCCAGCUCUAUGUCUGGGCCACGGAUCACGCUGAGAGUUGGGAGGUAGACCCUGCUUGUGCUCCCCCUAACCGCAGUUCAAACCAAGACCUCACAGUGAACCCUGGCUCUACACUCUGUCUGCCCUGUGGGGUGCCUUCUGCUUCCGAGGCCAGAGGACCCAUCUCCUGGAUCCACGUGCACCCCAGAAAGCCCAACAUCUCAUUGCUGAGCCUCAACCUGAGUGAGGAGGCUCCCGUCAGAGAGAUGUGGGUCCCGGGCACCCUCAGGGGAGGGGCCGCUCUGUGGCUGCGUCAGGCCACAGCUCGAGAUGCUGGCACCUAUCAUUGUUACCAUGGCAACACGACCAUCGAGAUGCAGCUGAGAGUCACUGCCCAGUCAGCUAUACGGCAGUGGUUGCUGGAGGCUGGUGGCUGGAGAGUCCCUGUCACGACACUGGUUUACCUGAUCUUCUGCAUGGGGUUGGUGGCGAGCUUUCUCUAUCUGCGAAGAGCCCUGACCCGGAGGAGGAAAAGGCAGCGAAUGACUGAUCCCACCAGGAGGUUCUUCAAAAUGACACCUCCCCCGGGCAACGGGGCCCACAGCCAGUACGGGAACGUGCUGUCGCUUUCCACGCCCACGGCUGGCACGGGUAGGAGGCCGGGCCGGCGGGGGCUGUGGACCCUCGCUGGACCCCCUCCCUCUCCACCAGAUGGCAGCGGCUAUGAGAACCCGGAGGACGAGGCCAUGGGUCCUGAGGAAGAAGACUCCUUCUCCAAUGCAUCUGAGUUGUAUGAGAACGAGGAUGAAGAGCUGGCCCAGCCAGUGGCCAGGACAAAAGACUUCCUGAGCCCCCCGGGGACUGCCUGGGACCCCAGCCGGGAGGCAGCAUCCCUUGGGUCCCAGUCCUAUGAGGAUAUGAGGGGGAUCCUGUAUGCAGCUCCCCAGCUCCGCUCCGUUCGGGCCCAGCCUGGACCCAGUCAUGAGGAAGAUGCAGAUUCUUACGAGAACAUGGAUAAUCCUGAUGGGCCAGAACCAGCAUGCGGAGGAGGGAGCCACAAGGGGACCUGGAGCACCCACUGAUUCCCUUCAGGUUCCUGAGGUCCACACCUGCCUGAAAUCUGGGGACCCAGAGCGGAUGAUGUCAACCUCGAGCGACGCUGCUCAGGCUGUGUGUGCCUGUGUGUGUUUGUGUGCACAAGUGAAACGUCGGUCCCGUUCGCACUGCCCAAAUAAACUCCACCAGCUGUUCCAGUCCUGUGAUGUAGUGCCCUUGUGUGGGAGAGGAAGGGAGGGCGAGGACGGUGCAUUCCCAUCCUCUCUCAAAUCCAGGAGAGGAGAGAGAGCUGCAUCUUGGGCACAAAGGGCCUUUUCCUUCCUAUGUCUUGGCCUACCCCAUCUCCCCUCCUUGCCUCGCAUUCCCACCAUCAGUUGUUCAAUCAAUCGUUGUCCGUUCAGCAGUUGUGUGCUGGGUGUGCAGUGAAAAGGAAGCAAUCCAGGAACUGGCAGUCAUCACUGACGUUUAUUGAACACCUACUAUGUUCUUAAAUCAGUUAACCUAGUUAAUCUUUACAGUGACCUCCCCAAGUUAUUGAGCACUUAGGUGCCAGGAUUGUAUUAAAGUAUGUCACGUAUUUUAC